AUGUCAACCAGGAAGGGCAGUUUACCGACAAGCACGCGUUGGAGCCAGCGCAUCCCGUACAGCCAUCAGGUCUCAAGCCACAAGCCAAAAUCUGCCAGCAUUGGUACCACAACGGGACAUGCAAACAGCACGAGAAGCAUACAUGUCCGGAGGAACAAGGCUGGCUGCAACUACCUUUACGAAUUGACUGAACCGCCAUGGAUGGUUCAGCCUCCGCCGGGCUACAAGCACCAAGCACCGUGCGAUAGGCCAUGGUGUCCGUGCGAUGCUCGUGAAGUGCUUACACUCAAGAACUCCACACCUCAGAACGAGACGCACAACGAACCAGGCGCCGAAGGCAAGUAUGACAGCGACGACAGCGAUGAGUGGUUCCUCAAAUGUUUUGAUUAA